ACUCGGAUUAGUCCAUGAGGUAAAAAGAACUUUCCAUAUAAAGAACUUUCACCAGAGUUCAUACCCCGGACUCCGGAGUCUCCCAAAGCGGAAGAAGGCCGGAGGAUCGAGCGUCCGUCUCCGUCUCCGUCUCCGUCUCCGUCUCCUCCGUCAAAUGGCAUCGAAGCCUAUAUCGAGUCCGGUCCCCGUUGCGUGGUAUCCGUCGUUGGCCGUGCUGAUGCUUUCCAUCGGUCUCGUGGUCACCGCUUCCUUCUUCAUGAGCAAUGUAUCACCACCGUGCAUGGCAUCUGUGCUCUUGGCCAGCUGGAAUAGGGGAAAUUGUCACCGCUGGAGCCUCAACUGGACCUACCAGAACAAAUAUUCACCACCAUACAGAGAGGGUAAUCUGCCACUGUCAGGCCUAAUAACAGAAUUCAGGGACAAUUUCAAAUUUUGCAGGAAUAUAUUGCAAAAUCCCCGGCAUUUGUUACACCUACUGGUGUCGAAGAGGUCAAAUUUUUUUAUGAUUCAUGUGAUGGCUCAGCUUUUUCCCUGAUGUUCCACUGAAAUAUAAUAUUCUGCUAGUUUCAGAUUGAAGUCUCUUUACGGAUUCGAAUAAAGAUGAAAAAUGUAAAAUUGAUUAAAAUGGUCUCUAGAUGAUGUUUGUUUCACGUGAACCUUUUUUGCUAUCUUGUGGUGGGAGGAGUGAAAAGCCUUUUGAGUGUCUGAUUUUACCAUCUUCUUUUGGAGCACCAAUAGUAGCAUUUUCUGAGAAGUAAUGUUUCAGAAUGAUAAAUACUGGAGCUCUCUCUUUGGCAUUUCUUGCUUGUGCUCUCGUUGAUAAAUUGCUUUUUUUUGCAAUUUUGGGAGGUGCAUGUCCCACCUUCAGUAGCAGAAGCGAUUGUCAUUAGCGACAACUUCAGUGUGGAUCACUUUAUGACCCACCUUGUAGUUUGGUUGUGCGCCCCUCCAUUCUUCGCAAAAUGGAAUACUUUUAUUGCUAGAGGAUUUCAUUUUUCUCUUGCUAA